UUCUUGGGUAGACAUCGAAAUCUGGGACAGUCAAAACUGGGAGUCAAAAUGCGCUAGAAUGUCGACGGUACUGGAGCUGUCAUUUGUAAAUUAAGAAAAGGUUUAUAGGACAGCUACAGACGAGGUAAUUAUUUUGAGACAACGGAUUCAAAGAUGGAGGAGGAUUUUCCAAGAGGUGCCGUAUCCAGACGCACCACAAGAUCAGCAGAUGACAAAGAGAAAUGUUUUGUUCAACUUAGUUCCAAACGUAGUCUGGAAGAUGUCUUGUUUAAGGACUCUGAGCAAGCGACCCCCAGUAAAGGGAAGAAAAAGAGAAAGACAAAGAAGGAUGAAGGUGGAGUGACAGAAGAACAAGCCUUGGAAGAAGAGUUUGAAGGAGAAAGGGACGGUGUCGUUCCUAAACCGCUCACAGCAAAGACAUUGACUGAAGGCAUGCUGGUGCUAGCGGUCAUACAGGAGAUACACGAAUAUGAAAUCGUUCUUAGUCUUCCAAAUGGGCUGACCGCUUUUGUUCAGAUCACGGACAUUUCAUCAUACUUCACGCAGCAGCUUCAAGACCUGAAUGAAUCAACUGGUGCUGAUGAUCAGGAGCUUCCCAACAUUCGAGACGUGUAUGAGGUGGGGAACCUGGUCCCUUGUAAGAUCAAGUCACUGGGUGCAUCCAAGGAUGGCCAUCGUCGUAUCCAGGCCUCGCUUGAUUACGAAGAAAUCAACUCAGAACUCAGCAUCUCUCUCAUCAAAGUGGGCAUGACCCUUCAUGGCUGCAUCUCCAGUAUUGAAGAUCACGGCUACACCAUCAACCUCGGCAUCAAGGGCACCAAUGCUUUCCUGGCCAAGGACGAUGCCGCCAGGGGCGCCAAAGGCAGGGCGGGUGAGGCCAUGAAGGCCGGGAAGCUUGUGACGUGCCUGGUCAAGGCGGUCAAGUCCAAUGGAAGGUCCAUCAUUCUGACCUUUGAUCAGGAGAGGUUAAAGUCCUCGAAAGCUACCAAGUCCACGCAUACCACAUUUUCUUCUCUGAUACCAGGGACGAGACUUGAUGUCAUGGUUACCAAGGUUCUUCCCAACUCUCUGAUCACAGACAUCUUUGGUCUCUACAAGGGCUGUGUAGAUCCUAUACAUCUCAAGGACACUGCUGAUGAACUCACCAAGUAUGAAAUCGGCCAGAAGGUCACUGCCGUUAUUCUGUACAACUGUCCAACCACCAAGUCCAUCGGACUCAGCCUGAACCCAAUUCAUCAGAAGUUGUCCUUUGACCUUACCACCGACUUCAUCCGUGACCUUUCACCCGGUGACAUCGUUGAAGAUGCCUUGGUGGUCCGAGUCCAAGAGAAGGACAAUCUUAUUGUACAGCUGAAUAAGAAAAUGAGAGGCAUUGUUUAUUAUUCCCAUGGCAGUGAUGACAAGCAGAAGAGGCACAGUCCGGCGAGCACUGGGGAAAGGGUCAGGUGUCGUAUCUUGAACUUCAACCUCUUUGAUCGGCUGGCCAUUGUGUCUUUGAGGCAGUCCAUCUUAGAUAAGCCAUUCCUUGGGAUCAACGAUGUCAAGCCAGGCAUGCUGGUUACGGGAGUGAUCGAGUCGGUGAUGCCGAGAGGUGUAGCUGUCAAGAUUCAGGAUCGGAUCCAUGGCUUUGUUCCAAGAACCCAUUUGGCUGAUAUUCCUGUUCAGAAACCACAAGAAAGGUUCACCGUUGGGUCAGAAAUAGAAUUAAGGGUGCUCCUUGUUGAACCGUCUAAGAGGCGCGUCCUUCUCACCCACAAGAAGACCAUGGUGAAAUCCAGUCUGCCGAUCCUUGCCUCCUACUCACAGCCCAAGGUGGGCAUGUGGGUUCACGGCUGCGUCGUGGCUGUCAAGGACUUUGGCUGCAUCGUGUCCUUCUACAAUGAUGUCAAAGGCAUCAUCCCCAGGGCAGAGUUAGGGAUAGACGACAGCGCCUCCCCUGCAGAUAACUUCUACGUUGGUCAAGUUCUCAAGUGCCAAGUCGUCAGGACACACAACCCUGAGAGCAAGAAGCUGUCUCUAUCCCUCAGGAAAGAUAGCAGGAGGGAGCAGGAAUCCUUCGAGCCUGGCAAGGAAUUGAAACCUGGUACAUCAUUGGUGGACUCUAUGCAAAUGGAAGGAGCACAAAGUUCUAAAAUGGAGAGAAGGAAGAAAAUGGAGGAUGACCAUAAGGAUGUCAACAGAGCCUGCCUGGAGGAACUUCAAGCCGUGCUGAAGGAGAUCGAGAAAGAGAAGGAACGGGACCUGAAGCGACAGAAGACGUUGCUGGUCAAUCGGGAUGCUGUGCCGUCUGCCGAAUUCUUCCAGGACAUUGCUGACAGUCUCAGGGCAUUCUCCAGUAUGAUGAUCGAUGUCAAGAUGAUGAGAUUGGAAAUGAAAACAAUGAAGGGAAUGUUGGAAGAACUGAUAGGAAAGAAGGAUGGGGCGGGAAAUAGAGAGAAAGGAACAGAGGGUGACAUUGAUGAAGGGGGGAUGGGAGCAGACAGGUUCAUGUUAGAUGAGCCAAAGACAAGUGUGUUUCAUGGCAAUUCUCUAGAGGAUGCAGAUAAGGGUGGGGAUAGGGUAGAAAGCUUGGAUGCAGAAGUUGGUGAGAGUAGAAGAUUAGCGAAAGCAAGUGACGGAAUUGAAGUAGGAGGGGAGGUGGAAGCAGAUAGGGUACCAGAUGACCAAAUAAUAAGAGUGCUACUUGGGAAUAAUUUGGGGAAUGUAAAUAUGGAGGAUGAUGAAAUGAGCGAAAGCGUCGAUUUAGAGAUGAAGGACAUUGAUUUAGAGGAUACUGAUACAGAAGACAACAGCGGGAUAGAAAGCGUUGAUUCACAGACGAAGGACAUUGAUUCUGGGGAUACGGUUCCUGAGGAUUAUGAUGAGAGGGAAAGCAUUGAUGCAGAGAGGAAUAGAAGUAAUACAUGUGAUGCCGAUUCAGGGGGUAAUAUAGCGAGCGAAAGGGUGGAUUCAGAAAUGAAGGGCUUUGAAUUAGUGGAUACGGAUACAGAUGAUGAUAAUGAUAGAGAAAGCAUUGAUGCAGAGAGAAAGGGCGGUGAUUUAGGAGAUACAGAUACAGAGGAUAGCAAUGGAGGAGAAAGCAUGGAUUCACAUAUGAAGGGCAUUGAUUUAGGUAAUAUAGAUACAGAGGAUAACAUUGAGAGAGAAAUCAUCAAUGCUGAGAGGAACGGCAGUGAUUCAGAGGAUACCUUUACAGGGGAUGACCUUGGGAGAAUAAGCGUUGAUAUGAAGGGCGGUGAUUUAGAGGAUACAGAUAUAAAGGAUAACAGUCCGCAAGACAGUACCACUUUUACAUCUUGCGCAGAGAGAGGGAGCGUCAGUGUAGAAGAAACUGAAAGUGUGCUUAAGAAAGGGAAGGAAAGACUGGAUAUCACAAUUGAUACAGUGACAAAGAGCAGUGAUUUGUGGGAUAGAGAUACAGAUGAUGACACCGAGAUAGAAAGCUUGCAUUUCACAGAUGCUCAGGAAAAAGACUGCCAUAUAGGGGAUACUGAUUCUGGGGACAAGAAUGGGAGCGAAAGCAUGGACACAGACAAGAAGGACAGUGAUGAAGGAGAUAGUGAUACAGUGGAUAAUAGUUUGAUAGAAGGAAUAAAUUCAGAGACAAAGUCUACUGAUUUAGAGGAUACCAGUACAAAUAUUGAUAAUCAGAGAGAAUGCUUAGAUUCAGAGAGGAAUGGCAGUGGGUUAGAGGAUAGAUAUACUGAAGAUGUGAAUGGGAAAGAAAACAUGGAUUGCACAGGUGAUACAGAUGUGAAGGGCGAUGAUUUAGGGGAGGCAUGUAGAGAAGACCAGAAUGAGAGUGAGAGCAUGGUCUGCUCGGGCGACACAGCUCCGAAGGAUGUUAUUUUGGGGGAUACAUACCCAGAGACAGAGGAUAAUAACGGGGGAGAAAGUACGGUCUCAGAGAUGAAGGGCAUUGACAUUGAGGAUAGAUUGACUGUUAUAAAGGAGAAUCAGAGAGAUAGCAUGGAUUCCACAGGUGACACAGCGAUGAAGGGCAGUGAUUUAGGGGAUACCACUACAUGGGAUAAUAGUGUGGAAGGAAGCAUAGAUUCAGAGAGAAAGGGCAGUGAUAUAGUGGAUACAGAGGAUAACAAUGAGAAAGGUGUGGAGACACAAGAGAAAGGCAUUGAUUUGGAGGAUGCACAUAUGAAAGAUACAAACGAGACAGAAAACAUGGACUGCACAGCUGAUGCAGUGAGGAAAGAUAGUGAUUUAGAGAAUGAAUAUGCAGAUGAUGAGAAUGCGAGGGAAACGGUAGAUCCAGAGACAAUAGGAAUUGAUUCUGGGGACAAAGGUACUCGGGAUGAUAAUGGGAGAGAAUGCACAGGUUCAGAGAGGAAGGGCAGUGAUUUAGAGGAUAGGCAUACAAAUGAUGAGGAGAGUAAAGGCAUGGACUGCACAAUGGACACAACCAUUAGAAAGAUUAUUGAUUUACUUGAAGGGGAUGCGGAUACAGAGGAUAAAAACCAGACGGAAAAAAUGGAUUGCGUAGAUGAUACUGAUAAGAGUUUAGAUUACAGGGAUGCAGAUACAGAAGAUAAAAGCCAUAAAGAAAGCAUGGAUUGCACAGAUGAUACAGAGAGGAAGGAAAUUGCCAAGAGUUCUGUACAAGAAGAUGAGAGUAGAAAACUGGAUAGGAUGAAGAAGUUUGGAAGGAGGAAACGUGGUAGGCCUAGAGGUAUCAGUUUAAAGCACGGAAGAAAAGCUGAAGAGCAGAUUCCGAAACGAGUAUUAAGAGCCAGGAGUACUCAGAUAAUGGAAAGGUUGGCAAAGCAUGCGGUACAAAAGACAAGUGAUAAUAAUAAUUCAAAAGAAAGAACGGAUUUCACUGGUGAUGCGGUUAUGAAAAGUAUUGAUUUAGGGGAUGCACCUAGAGAGGAAAAGAAGAGAGAAGUUGUGGGAUGCGGUGAUGAAAAAGACAAGAAGGGUGUUGAUUUAGGUGCUACAGAUACAAAAGAUACCAAUCAGAAAGAAAGUAUGGAUUUUGCAGAUGAAACAGAGAAGAAGAGUAAAAGCACAGAGGAGGUGAAGAAGGUUGGGAGGAGAAAACGAGGUAGAGGUAUGGGCUUAAAGCGUGGAAUAAGAGCUGAAGAGCCAAUUCCAAAAGGAGAGUUGAGAACAAGGGAUAUUAAGAAAAAGGAGAGGUUCAGGAAGCAGCCAAUACAGAAAACUUGGAAGCCUUUGUCAAAGGAAAGGGUCGCUGAGUUGCAUGGAAGGUCACGGGCAAGCUCGGCCUUUGCGCUUCAUUUAUUAAAAGAGCUUGUAAGUGAUGAAAAAUUGAUAAAGAGAAUCCGCCAUGGUAGACAUGGGAAAAGUACCAGUAUUUCCCCUGUCGAAUCGAUUAAUAAAAAGAUGCUGAAGUAUGUCUUAGAAACAACAUGUGACCAGUAUGACGUUACAGAAUGCAACAGGAACGGCUGUGCUCUUGAAUGUCUUGAUCGAAUUGAUUCCUAUUGUAUGAGCCUAGUAAAAAAACAGAUGCGAAAGAAGAGAACAGGCAGAAGAAAGAAAGAAUCAGAGACAAGAGAUGGACCUACAGAGGAGGAUAGUAUAUGUAAAACAGAAGAGCCUGAAGCAGACAAACUGAAUGAAGGAACAAAUGCUUCUAAUAGAAAGAUGCGAAAGAAGAGAAGAGGUAGAAGAAAAAAGGUAUCAGAAUCAAAGAAAAAUGGACCUGCGGAGGAGGAUAAUACAUGUAAGACAGAAGAGCCUGAAGCAGACCCAAUUGAUGAAGGAACAAAUGCUUCUAAGAGAAAGAUACAAAAGAAGAGAAGAGGUAGAAGGAAAAAAGUAUUAGAAUCAAAGAAAAAUGGACCUGCGGAAGAGGAUAAGAAGGCAGAAGAACCAGAUAUAGACUCAAUGAAUAAACAUGCUAGCAGUCCUGAAGAAGUACCUCCUCCUUCAACACCUACAAGGCAGAAAGAAGCAGAUAUUGCGAAUUCAGCGAAGUCAACAGAUAGGCCUAAAUGGCUGAGAAAUCCAGAGGACCAAAAAGAAUUCAGUAUCAAUUCUGGACGUACUAUCAGCAUUAUUGGAGGGGAUGAUGGACGCGGAGAUGAUAGAGCUGGAAAAAUGAAAGAAAGUGGAGGAAGUUGCGAAGACAAUGUAAGGGAUCAUGGUAGGUUAUUGCCUGGGAAAAGGUUGUCUGAUGAUGAGAUUAGCUCCAUUGUCAGAACAGCGGGAACGAGCGAUUCUUUUGCCAAAAGCAUCCUUUCAAAGCUUGUGAGCGAUGAUGUCUUGUUAAAUAGCAGCUGCUCAGGAGAGAGGUCUUGGGAGGACUUCAUGUGCUGUAGACCAAACCUCCAACGGAUUGAUCCAGACAUCCUUGAUUAUGUACUAGAGAUCACGUGUGAUGUAUUUGGCUCCAAUAAAGGAUUCAGUAAGCAUAAGUGCACCAACGAUUGUAUCACUUACAUCAACGCCUAUUGCAGAGACCUAUUUAGAAAAUCAUCAAAGGAACAUUCUGUGAAAAGUGUGGUUGGAAACAGUGUGACUAAGAGGAAGGAUACGCAAGGAAUUUAUCCUGAUGCAAGUACACCAAAGAGAAGAUGUGAAGAUGCAAUUUCUUUGUAUAAUCCAGCUGAAGCCAGUUACAGAAUGGAAGAUGAUCCAAUAAGUGAUAUACUCAAUCCAAAGAAAGUUGAUAAAGUAGUUAGUUUAGGAAGAGUAGAGACCUCAGAAGCAAAUAAAUCGAAGGAUGGGUCUGGAGAGGAUAAUCCCAAGGAAUGCAAAGCAGGAACAGAUCCUGCAGCAGAUGGCAAUGAGGACCAAAGUGGUUUAGACUGUGACAGUGGUUCCGAAAGCUUAAAGGUUGCGCUAGGUGAAAAUGGAGGAAAUACCAUUGAUGAACCACUGGGUAAAGGUGAUGAUAAGGUAAACAACUGGGAUGAUUUGGCAGAGAGUAUUAAGAUAAGUGGCAUGGUGGUCAAGUCAAAGGAAGAUUUUGCAGUACAGCUCUUGACCCAACUCCUGGGUAAGGAUGUACUUGUGAAUAGCAAUUGCUAUGGAGAACCCAUGUUUGGAAGAUCCCAAAUCAAACCCAUUGAUCAGCGUAUUCUCGACUUCAUCCUUCAUAAAACAUAUUCAGUCUUUCGGAUAGAAGAUCCUCUGAAGGAAGCAUGCCUUCGUGAAUGCUGUUUACAUAUCGACUCCUACUGCCAUGAACUGUUCAUGAAGCAUGAAACACGAAAGACUGAUCCUGGUACGGACCUGAAAGAUUCUGUGGAACAGAGGGAUGAUGCCCAGUUUGAUGAAGUUGAAUCAGAGAAGCAUUUGGGUUUGAGUCGUGAUGCUAUCUUGAAAAACAACAAAGGUGUGUCGGAGGAGGAUAGGGAAUCUCAAAGUAGAAAGAACAGUGGUAAAGAUAUCUCAAAGAGCAGUUCAAGGACAGAUUCGGGGGAAGGGAUGAACGGAAGUAGAGAAUCGGUUAAACAGAAAAUCACAGGAGUCAAGAGAGUUAUGGAUGGAGACGACAAAGUUCAAAGUAACAAGGAUUUUGAUUCUGUAGCUUCAACUAUUUCUGGAACAGAGUCAAGUAAAAAGAGUGGCUUAAGUAAGGAAGAACCCAGAAAAGACCAAGGAGUACAAAGUGAAAGAGAGCGUUCUUGGGAACCUUUAUCCAAAGACAGCAUCAAGGGAAUAAUGAAAAAGGCUAAAUCAUGGGGACACUUCGCAAAAAUUGUCCUUACAUAUGUGCUCGAUGAUGAUGAGAUAAAGAGAAGUGCACGUGCCUCUAAAUCUUCUCCGUCUGCCCAAUCUAUUGAUCCAGAUGUACUUGAAUACAUCUUGCAAACAACAUAUAAAGUGUUUGAUAUUGAAGGAUCUAACAAGAGCAGCUGCGAGGCAGAAUGCUUGCAUCAUAUAAAUUCUUACUGCAAUUUAUUGUCCUAUGUUGAAGAUUCAGGAGUUCAGAGGACCAGAAAAGAUGAUACAGGGAGAAUUAGUGAAGGUGAGAAUCUGCAUGAAGAGAUGAACAGUGCAGAGUAUUGUGAACCAUUGCCUCAACAUGAGCUCUGGCAGAUGCACGAUGAAGCUAAAACACGCGCCUGUUUCGCUCGCCGACUAUUGAGUAGGUAUGUGAGCAGUGAUGUUUUGAUGAAUUGUAACUGCUCUGGAAAGAGAGCAGCAACUUCAAAAAGACAUACCAUCCAAGCCAUUGACCCGUUUGUUCUCCAGUUUGUCCUGGAGACAACGUAUCGUACCUAUCGUGUGGCUGAAGCAGACCAAGAGGCAUGCAGAACUGAGUGCACCGUGUACAUUGAUUCAUAUUGCCGGGCGUUGUACCGUAAAGCUUUACUGAAGAUAGAGAAAGGCGAUGAAAAGAGUGUGGCUUCGAAGAGACAGCAUAAAAAGAAAACUCAAGUAGAUAGAAAGAAGUGGAAACCUGGUUAUAAUGAUGAUGAGGAGGAGGAAGAGGAUGAAGAAGAGGAAGAAGAAGAGGAAGAAGAAGAGGAAGAAGAAGAAGAGGAAGAGGAAGAAGAAGAGGAGGAAGAG